AUGGCUACUUGGUCGAGGUUGAUCCGUUUCGUCGGUGAAGACGGUGUGACGAGAUUUGGCGAGCCGCAAGUCGCUGAUGCUGCUGAAGUUGUCCAGGCCUGUGCGGAUGGGAAGUUGGUGGCCCACGAAUGGACUGGUGAAGAUCCAUUUUCUCUCACAAUGGGUUCAAAGUCCGUGAAGGUGAAGGAAUUACUUGCGAUCCUGCAUCCCAGUGAUGUUCCCAUCAUUCGCUGCGUUGGACUGAAUUAUAUGAAGCACAGCAAGUUGAACAGCAUGCCAUCUCACAAAAAGCACCGUGCUAACUGCUCCACUAUAGUCAAGGAAGGCGGACGCAAUCCUCCACCCCACCCGUCCAUCUUCAUCAAGCCUUCGACCGCAAUCGCUAGCUUCAGGGAGGAUGUCCCAAUCCCAAAACUGGCACAAGAUUCUCUCGACUACGAAGGGGAAUUGGCGAUUGUUAUCGGUAAAACUGGCAAGAACAUUAGCAAGGACGAAUCCUUGGACUAUGUCGCUGGCUAUCUGGCCUCCAACGAUGUGUCUUGCCGAAAAUGGCAGCGUGAUCCUGCUUAUGCUGGUGGUGUUCCUCAGUGGUGCUUCAGCAAGGGGUUUGACAAGUAUGCGCCCCUUGGGCCCGUUCUAGUUUCGACCAAGGUGGCUGGCGCCGCCGAUAACCUCGCACUCCAAACCUUUGUGAACGGGGAACUAAGACAAGAUUCCAAUACCAACGACCUCUUGUUCAACGUCAAGCAUAUCAUCAGCUUCGUCAGCCAAGGCACAACGUUGGAGAAGGGAACUGUCAUCAUGACCGGUACUCCUGCUGGUGUGGCGAUGGGAAUGAGGCCCGCGCCGGUGUAUCUGAAAAAUGGGGAUGUUGUUGAGGUCAAGAUUGAGCAUCUUGGAUCCACUAAGAACACCAUGGUGUUUGAGUAG